AUGGACAGCAAAGUUUCACGUACAGCUAUGCAAUACCUCGUCCUGCUCGCUUUGGCUGCCGGUUCUAGCGCCUUCCUUCUUGGAGGUGGUGGUGGUUGUGGAUGCGCACCUCCUCCUCCUCCUCCUUCACCAUGCGGAUGCGGUGGUGGUGGCCUCUCUCUUCCGCCUCUUCAACUACCCUCACUAUCCCUGCCAUCUCUCGGUGGUGGCUGUGGAUGCGCUCCUCCUCCAGCUCCAUGUGGAUGUGCUCCUCCUCCACCGCCACCAUGUGGUGGUGGAUGUGGAGGUGGUGCUCCUCCUCCAGUUUAUGCUGCUCCUCCUCCACCAGCUAAUGCUUAUCCAGUUCCUGGAAAGUAA